UUUUGGAGCAUUUUUGUUAAAUUUGGAAGCAUAUAGUGCAUUUGUAAAGUUUCAUGGUUAUAUGAUGAAUAAAUGAAUUAACCAGGGGUAUGAAUUAUUUUGGGAGAACACGAAAAAAAAAAAAAAAAAAAACUAUAUUCUGCAGUUCAUUUGGAAAAAAAAGAAAAAAAAAAGGUGAUUUUAGAAAGACAGAAAAAAUUCCCUUGCUUGAGUGUAGUAUUCUCAUCCACUUACUUUCCCUCUCGACCUCUCUCUCACCAGUCAUCCCCACCGCUGCCAUUGCCACCGCCGGCACCACCAUUAACUCCGUUACUUCACGACAAACUUAUACACACGCUAUUUUCUUAUUAAGAACUGAAAAAAAAAUAAAGGAAAAUGAGAGCAGGGAUAGUAGGCAUUGUUCAUGGAGGUCCCACUUUCACUUCUAGCGCCACCGCUUCACGGUUGCGCUCUUUUCCACCUCGUUCUCUUCAUGUUCGAUGCUUUUCUUCUUCCGGCCAUGUAUCAUUUAUAAAGGAUGUUGCUUGCACUCAACCCCCUGAGCAUCUUCAUGAGCUGCUAAAUGUGCUACAAACAAAGGGUGAAACUAUUGUUUCCCCAGGAGCUAGGCAGGGCUUGAUUCCACUUGUUAUUCCACUAUCAGAAAAUUCAUCAGGUACUAUAACUGCCUUGCUGCGAUGGCCAACAGCUCCACCAGGGAUGGAGAUGCCAGUUGUGGAAGUACACAAACAUGGGGUUUGGCUUUUGGCAAAGAAUGUAAAUCAAUAUAUUCACAGAAUACUUGUUGAGGAAGAUGCGUUGAACAGGGAAGGUGGUGAUGAUGUGCUUUUUGCGGCUUCUCUUGAGGCUGGAAAAAAGCUUUAUAAAAAGGGUGAUAUGGCUGAGUCGCAGACUCCUAAUCUUGAUGUCUAUCUUCUUAAAAAGGUCGGGUUGUUUCCAGAUGUUUUAGAGAGAAAAGUGAUGCGACAUUUCGAUGAUGGUGAUCAUGUUUCAGCAUUGGUGACUGGAGAAUUCUAUACGAAGAAAGACCUUUUCCCAGGGUUUGCACGGCCUUAUGUUUUCAAUUCAAAGAUCUUGUUGAAGGUUGGGCGCGUUUCAGAAGCUAAAGAUGCUGCAAGGGUGGCACUGAAAUCACCAUGGUGGACUUUAGGUUGUCCAUACCUGGAAGUUGCUGAUAUGGCACACUGGGAAGAUGAACAAAUUGAAUACAUCAAGGAGAAGGUGACAGAAGAGGGCAGGCAGGAAGAUUUGAAGAAAGGAAAAGAACCAAUCCAGGUGGCAUUGGAUGAAGCCGCUUUUUUGUUGGACUUGGCUUCCAUUGAAGGAUCUUGGGAUGAAUGUCUUGGGCGAGUUGCUGAAUGCUACAAGGAAGCUGGACUAGAUGAAAUUGCUAGAUUUGUUAUGUACAGAGACUGAUUAUAAAACGAGCAGGAAAAUGGGAAAUCUCACCGACAAGCAAGAAAUCAGAGAAGAAGUAAUAAUGUUGUGGGGAGAAAGGGGCCAAUGAAGAAGGUGAGUGGAGAAAAGCACGCAUGGGGUCCGUUGAAAAAGCAGAGAAAUAACCGGUGAUUAAGGAAACAGGCAGUGGAAUGACUGUGUUUUUUACUUUUUUGACUACAUUAUUACAUUGGAUUCUUCUGUAUGUGUGCUACUGAUGUACUAUCUUUCUCUUACUGUCUGCUAAAGAGUUGAACAUGUUACAACUUUAGAAGGUACAAGGUUAUGGUGAUUAAAUUGGGAAAAUUAGAUAAUCUACAUAUGAUAUGACCGUUAGAUGUAUCGAUUCAGUUGAGUUUCGAACAAUUGUCUCGUUUGUGACUCGUAAUGGUUUUAUCGAUUAAAGUAACUAGCACAUGUUACAAUUAAAGGUGCGCUUAUUGGUGUUUGAGCUUAUUCGGCAAAAGUAGUUGUUGUAAUAGAUGGUAGCUGCUAAAUUUGGAUGUAUCUUUUUUUUGCUAAGUACGAUGAAUGCA